GCUCUCGCGUGAACUUGUGUACAACGUCAUCACCCCCUACUAGGGGCCCUAGUAACAUCGGUAGCGUAUUGGGGAGAUAAAGCAACAAGAUGGGUUUGCUGUCAAUCCUUCGGAAGCUAAAGAGCACACCAGAUCAGGAGGUUCGGAUCUUGUUGCUGGGUUUGGACAACGGGGGAAAGACCACUCUGCUGAAACAACUGGCUUCCGAGGACAUCAGUCACAUCACCCCCACACAGGGCUUCAACAUAAAGAGUGUUCAGUCUCAGGGUUUUAAGUUGAAUGUGUGGGACAUCGGGGGACAGAGGAAGAUCAGACCCUACUGGAGAAUUACGUUACUUUGA